AUGUCAGAUAUUUCUCAUGUAAUUCCAAUCGAGGAAGCUCCAGAUAAAAAUAAGAAAAUUUUGGAAAUUGCCUGUUCGCCUAACUUAAAAUAUGUUGCUGUGUUGUACGAAAAUAGCAAUAUUAGUCUUUUGCCAAUUGUUAGUCAAGAGCAAUAUUUAAAGAAUGACAAAACAAUUAAUAUUGGCAACAUUUACACAAAAGAAAAUGGUGAAAGAAUAUUUGCAAUUUCUGAUUAUAAAUAUGUUGCAAUAAGUCUUGACAGAAACAAACCUUACAAUUUCAUUACUACAAUGUUGGUAAUAGAUAGAUUUCACUUGAUUGCUUCUAGAAAAGGAGAAAGAUUAUUAUUUAUUUCAGGAAAGCAAUAUAAUUUAGUAGACCCUUAUAAUCUCAAACAUCCAAAAAGUGCGAGCAAGCUUUUUAAUAAAAAAACACAAAUUCAAGAACCAUACAUAAUUAAAUCGAAUGAAGUGUCGGAUAAAACAAUUUAUGCGAUUGACGGAAAAUUGUUAAUCGAUGAAUUAGUGCCUGAUAAUACUGAUGAUUGGGUCAAGUAUUUACGAAAAGAACUGAAAGACAUAAAUAGCAUUACAGCCCUGUCUAAAAAGACAAUUGAUAUUAUAAAUAAAAUUAUAAAUAACAAAUUAACUGAUUAUUAUAAUGUUGGCAGAAAAAAAGAAUUUACUGGGGAAUCUUUAAAAUGGGGAUUAGAAGUAGAUGAUUUAUCAGUCAAACUUACAGUAAUUGAUUAUGAUCUUCGCAAGAAACAAUGGAAAUCAGAUGAUAAAAAAAAAGAGUUGGGUGACAUUAAGGACAUUAAGAUGCAUUAUUAUUGGAAUUACUGGAAUGGUCGUUUAGAUAAAUUCGAAUUUGAAAUGGUAAAAUUUAGAAAUUUCUUUAUGGAUAAAAUUUCAAGAAGAAUUCUUCCUGCUUCAAGUUACGAAACAAUCUAUAGAAAUUUAAAAGUUAAAUUCGGAAAAGAAGAAGUACAGCUUUUCAGGACAUUUUUGAAAGAUAAUGUCUUUGAAGAUUUUUAUUUAACUUGCUACGGAAAAAUUCUUAUGGAAACAUUUAUUAAAUUAAAGGAUGAUAAAUGGUUCCUUCUAAGAUUGAAAUUUCAGACACCAUUUCUUCAGAUCUUUCCAGUUAUGGAAGAUACAUUUAUUGAUAUAUUAAUUUCUAAUUUUUGGGAUCGUUGGAUUAAAUUUCAAAAUAGUCAUCCACUCUUUCGAGAUUCAAUUGUAAGGCCUGUUAUCAAUUUUUAUUAUAGAGGUCAUAUUGUAGGUCAUAGUUCAACAAUACUUGCAAUUCCUUUACCAAACUUAGUUUAUUAUCCAAAAGAAUAUAACUUUUGGAAAGAACUAUUGCUACCUACUUUUGCACAUUCAUUCCACCUUUUAUUGCGUUAUUCCAUUGAUCAGAAUGACCCACUGAAUUCGGUUACUAUGGAUCCUAAUAGUGUAAUUGAAUACAACUCUUCACUCACUGAAUCUUAUAUUGCGACUGAAAACAUGUUUACAAUGAUGGGCUCAGCAAUUUCAGCUGUUUAUCUUAUGCUAAGAG